CUUCCCUUUCUCUCUCUCUCUUUUUAACAUACACACACACACAUAAAUAACUUACUUGUAUGAGUUCGAAUGGAAAGAGAGAUGUGUUACGGUCUUUAGAUUACCUUUUAUAUUGUCACAUUGCAUAUACUUAUUUUCUCGACACAAGUUUACUCGUCCUCUUCUUUCGAAUAUUACUGCAACUGCAAUUACUUUCACCAAGAGCACUCACUCGGUCAUUACGAACAGCAUUAGCCAUUGUCACAGCCGGAUGGUUUGUUGGUCUACUCAUGCAUCUAACGACAGAACCUGGUGAACCCGGCAUCAUUAUUGACUUUAUUGGCAACCAACAAAAAGUGAGUACGAUGCGACUUGUGAUGUUGGAUUUCAUGGUAUAUGGACUUCAAAUUAUACGUGUAUUGAUCACCUCGAGCUUGUCUUCCCAAUUACUCUUGAACGGUACGGUGAUUACAACGUUAUCCGUACCACCUUCGUUAGCGGGUACAUUAGGCGAUAGUGUGACACUCAUGUUACCACCCAAUGGGAGUGAGGGAGAGGAUUCGGACGAUUUGUUUUAUCAUCAUGAACUUGUGGUGGAUAUUGGAUUCAGAAAUUCGAUUCGUCACAUCAUGUAUGCCGAUAUGGAAGAUCAUACCACUGCUCGAGAUGGAUCUGAAAACUUACCCGUGUAGAUUUCUUAUAACAAUAUAACA